AUGACGAAUCCACAGCAUCAGUGCCAUGGGGUCCUUGCGCAAGCCAUUUGUGACGCUGACCCGGCUGCGCAAAUUUCGCCAGAACUAGUCCAUCAUUUGGCGACCAGAUUAGAACCGCUCUUCAACCAAAGGGUUGCUGUUUUCGGCCGGGAAAGCAAAGCUCAAGAAUUGGUGCCGCAGCUUGUUGCUUGCCCUGGGUGCGGAGGACGACUUGCUGAAUGUCGGAGCUCCGCUGCUGCAGCUAUCGUCGUAGAUCUGUCGGGUUUGGUCCAGAAACAACACAUUCCACUGAGAUGUCGGCGAUCCUCCUGUCCAGACUGUGGUGUGCUGCUGUGGUACAACUAUACCGUGCGGAGUGGGUGCCAUCAUUUUGCAGGAGAGCUGCCUGAGUUGAACUGCUUCAUGUUGUCCGCCACCUUCGGCUUCAGUGUCCCCUGGUUGCAACAGUUUCACGUACGCAUGGUGAGGCAACAUGCGUCUUUCACAAGUGAAGCAGAUGUGCUCGGCGCGCAGGCAGCUUACAAUUCCCAGCUCCAUCUCUUACCAACAGCUCGAUUGCGGCUUCUCAUUAGCCAGGAGUGGUUUGCUUGGCGUCUCCUCACCCGGGUGCGCCAAAGCAAUUUGGACCUAGCAUCUUUUGAUUUCUUGCGGCCCAUGGAGGACAUGAUUGGCUUAUUCUUGCCGCAGUUGCAAAGAGAAUUUGGCAGGACUACCUUGGAGGAAGCCCAAAAAGCCACGAUGCGCUGUGACGUUGUUGUGCUCGAUGGCAAUGCAAAAAAUCGUCGAGCUGUUUGCGGAGCCUCAUUGGCCGGAGAAACUUUUUCCAAGGAAUUGCGCCGGGAAGUGACCAUUCUUCAGCACAAGCUCAUCAAUGACGGACAGUGCUUGAUGGUCUUGCUGAAAGAGACUGUGGAGCCUCAAAGAGAAGCUUGGGUAUCCGAUUCUGCAGUUCCAGCGUCUGUCCUGUCCAACUAUUUGCAGCAAGUGGGCGAGGCGAAGUUGAAACCCAGCAAACGCCCACGGCGAGAAGAGGAGGCAGACGGCAGAGGCGGCUCUUCCUCAUCGCUUGGACCUUCGAUGCUUGCGAGUUUAACGUUGCAAGAGAUUGGGCGCUCGUCCGACCCAACAGAUUUGCAGUGCGUGACUUGCUGCACACACAAGGAAGGCAGCGCUGCUCAAAGGCAGCUUGCCAAAUCUGCUGGAAUGUUGUGCGCGUGUUUGUCUGAGGGUUUGAUUUUGCACAUGCAAGAAAUCUACGGCUGUGAGUCGUUGAGCCAGAGAUACCUAUGUCUGGCGUCUGUGAAAGCCCUCUUGCCGUCCCUUCGCGUGGUGGUCCACGAUGAUGCUUGCCAUUUGCACAAGUACGAUUCAGAAGCUGCUGCCCAGAUAGCCCCGCCAGAGAUGAAGUACGUGCGCGACAAGUUCCACAUGGCUGGCCAUACCGAUGCUUGGUGUAAAGAGACGUGCGACCCAGCCUUGCCUGCAAACGCUUCUCUUCUUCAAGGCAUUCGGACUUCGGUCUGUGAAUUCACUUUUACCUGGUUGAGCAAGUACAAGCACCAAACCAAGCACAUGAACAAGCACGGCUUCCAAUUCUUCUUGCUCGAUAUGGCGUGGAGCCACAAUGAAAUUAUACUCCAAGGAGGCUACAGACCAGAGGAGGUCGCCGGCUCUGCGGCAUUGGAAGGGACCGACUGA